CCAACACACAACAAUCUCAUCGAUCUAGAGAAACAAAAGAAGUAAAUUCAAACGCUAAACGCAAGAAAUAUGGCGAACGGUAAAGGGGUUGAGUGGCAGUUCAGCGGCAACGAGGCGGCCCAAAAAGCCUCAGCUGCCUCGCUAGGCACGUACUCCUCUAAGCUCUUUGCUCUAUGCGACCCUGACGGCAAGCCCAUUUUGCCCCCUCGAAACGAACACCCCGAGACUAGCCUAACCGCCGAAAAGGCGGUUGUUAAAGCCGUCCUUUGCGGCACUGGAAACGCAUAUGCUCCAAGUAUUGGCCUUCCCGCUGCCAAACGUGCCGUAGCAGACUACCUAAACCGAGACCCUCUUCCGAAGCCAUUGGCCGCAGAUGACGUGUUUAUGACCGUUGGAUGCAGACAAGCCAUUGAGCUUGCGGUCGACAUCUUGGCCAAACCAGGUGCCAACGUCCUUCUUCCGAAGCCUGGCUACCCAUGGGACGCAGUCCGCUCCCUCUACAUGAACCUUGAGGUCCGCAAAUAUGAUUUCAUCCGCGAAAAGGACUAUGAGAUCGACCUUGACAGCGUCAGAGCGGCGGCAGACAAGAACACGUUUGCGAUAUUUAUUAUCAACCCUCACAAUCCCAAUGGGAACACCUACUCUGGUGCGCAUCUCGAGCAGCUCGCUCUGUUGGCUCGGGAGCUCGGGAUCAUGGUGGUUUCUGACGAAGUUUUUCGAUGGACCGUGUUUGGGGCUAAUAGCUUUGUUCCCAUGGGAAAAUUCUCGUCGAUUGUACCGGUGGUUACACUCGGUGGCAUAUCAAAGGGAUGGAGUGUCCCGGGAUGGCGAACCGGCUGGCUCGCGCUCCAUGAUCUAGACGGUGUCUUUAAAUCCACCAAGAUCGCUAGUGCUGCUAAAGAAUUUCUUGAGAUAAAUUCCAAACCAGCAACUGUUAUCCAGGCGGCUAUUCCCACCAUGUUGGAGGAAACUCCUAAACAUUUCUUUGAUAAGAGGCAGAGCUUUCUGAAAGAUAAAGUGGAUUUUGCAUUUUCAAAGCUCAAGGAGAUCCCUAGCCUCACUUGCCACUUUAAACCUGAAGCGUGCACCUUCUUUUGGACCGAGCUGAACUUAUCAUACUAUAAGGACAUUACAGACGAUGAAGACUUCUGUGAAAAGCUUGCUUCUGAAGAAAACCUCGUCCUUUUACCAGGAAUUGGAUUCGGUCAGGAGAACUGGGUGAGGCAUUCUAUCGACAUGGAGACUCCAACAUUGGAGGAUGCAUUUGAAAGGUUGAAGAGCUUCUGUGAACGCCAUUCCAAUAUUAUAGGGUGAAGCUCCACUCAAAGUCGUCAAUGCAUGGCGUCUACUAAAGGAUCUUUGCCUUUGCCUAAGUCUUUUAUAUUUAUGCUGUAAUAAUAAAUGGGUGUUUUAUUGAUUUAAGAAGAAUCAUUAACACUUUCGUAUCUGUAACAAAUAAAGUUGGUGUACUUAUCAUCAUCAAUCGUUAGUAUUUCUCAUAAUUCUGCAAUGUUUCGAUGUACUUUCACUUUUUAAAAUAAAAUUUAAUAAAUUUUUAUUUCAUUUCAUU